AUGACAAUUAUCUCUUUAAGUCAAGCCCAUAAAGUGUUCUUGAAUUACCGGGGAGAGCAAUUGCGCUAUAGCUUCGUAAGCCACCUCAUUGAUGCCUUUGAAAGAACCAAGAUCAACUUCUUCGUUGACAACUACGAGCAAAGAGGCAACGACCAAAAUCUCUUUGUAAGGAUUGAAGAAUCGAGGAUCGCGUUGGCCAUCUUCUCUACAAGGUUUUAUAUGUAUGCGGAGUCGAGCUGGUGUAUGGAUGAGUUAGUGAAAAUAAAGAAACUUGCAGAUAAAGAAAAACUCCAAGUCAUUCCAAUCUUCUAUAUGGUGAAGGCAAGAGAAGUCAGAAAUCAGACAGGUGAGUUUGGUGACAACUUCUGGAUUAUCGCGAAGUAUUCUACUGGAGAUCAGAUCAAGAAAUGGAAAGAAGCUCUCGAAUGUAUCGCUGACAAGAUGGGUUUGUCAUUGAGAGCCAAAAGGUGCUUUCCACUCACACUCAUGACUCUUGUUCUACUUUGCUCAACACUUUCUCUUUAA